AUCGUUAAUUUAAUGUUGGUUAUCAAUUUCUGCAAGAGCCAAGUGGAAAGGGAUGAUGUUGGUCUGAUGUAAUGUGGUGAACAUGAAUCCACACGUGAGUGUAAUUUUUUAUUUAAUUACUCAUGUAAACUCAUGUUAGAUUCAUGUGAAUGUAAAUUGGUGGGUCUUUGUAAAAGACAUUUUAUUUUGAAGACGGAGAAAUUGAAAACGAAAACAUCCGGCGGAAGUGAAGUCAAACGGUUGCUAAUGUUUGCUCGUCAGACCACUGCUAACGUCCACUGAUGGGUAGAAGUUUUUACAGAAGGUUGUUCUGUCGUGUCUCAGAUUAAUAUUUCAUCAUUUAAAGAUGAGUUCAGUCCAGAAUCUGAGAGAGUUGAUCAACGAGCGACUAACUGCUGCUGCUGAAGAAAUAUUCACGGAGUUUGAGAAAACCAUCGUCCAGUACGAGGAGGAGAUCGAUCGUCAGCGCAGACUGCUGGAUAACAUGUGGAAAGCAGAGAUAAAGUUCCACACAACAGAUAAAUAUUUUUACGACUUAAAGAUGAAUUCAGUCCAGAAUCUGAGAGAGUUGAUCAACGAGCGACUAACUGCUGCUGCUGAAGAAAUAUUCACGGUGUUUGAGAAAACCAUCGUCCAGUACGAGGAGGAGAUCGAUCGUCAGCGCAGACUGCUGGAUAACACGUGGAAAGCAGAGAUAAAGAUCCAAACAACAGACCUUCUGCAGCAACAUGUCCAGGAGGAGAAUGUUCUUGCUGAGCAGAAUCUCUGCAACCAGGAGAAGAACUCCAGUGUGGACCAGGAUGAUCCAGAUGCUCCACAGAAGAACGAGGAGCAGGAGGAACUGUGCACCAGUGGGGAGGGAGAGCAUCUUGCACUGAUUCAAGAGGCUAACUCACUGGUUCAGUGUAAAUCCAACUGUGCAGAAAUAUCCAGAGAAAUAUUUGGAGUGUCUGAUAAACCACUGGGCCAGUUGGAUGAAGAGAUUGAUUAUGAGCCCAGGCUGGUGGAUGCCAUCUGGAAACCACGAAUAAUGUUACACAGAAUUGACCACCCACAUCAAGAUGUCUGGAAAGAGAGGAAUGGUCUUGCUCAUCAGCAGCUCUGUAACCAGGAGAAGAAGUUUAGUCUGGAUCAGGAGCACCCAACGCCUCCAGAGAUUAAAGAGGAAGAGGAGAAAUUCAGCACUUUCCUGGACCAGAAAGACCCAGAGACUCCACAGAUUAAAGAGGAACAGAAUGAUUUCUGCACCAGCCUGGACCAGGAAGAUCCAGAACCUUCACAAAUUACAGAAGAAUCAGAGGAACUCUGCACCAGUCAGCAGAAACAGCAGAUUGUACUGAAUCAAGGUACUGAUACCUUUCUAUUGACUUCAGCUGAUAAGGACGGUGACCACAGUGAACUAGAACCAAACAGCAACCAGCUCCUCUCUUCCAAUUCACCAGUAGCUGAGAGCCCACAUGAGGAGGGAACCAAGCAUGUAGACUCAGGGUCAACUAGAAAUGCAGCGCUGAAGGCAAAGAAGAGUCAUAACAGAGAGAGCAGUCACAGUAACAAUGUAGACAAGUCUUCAUUGUCAGGAAGUCACUGUGAUACAGACACAGGAAGAAAGUCUUUAAAAUGUGAUGUUUGUGGAAAAACCUUUCAGAAUAAGUACCAAAUGAAGAAACGUCACCAAGUCCACAACAGUGUAAAACCAAAUGCUGACAAUGCAUGCAGAAAAAAAUUUAAUUUACGGUCUGACCUGAAAGUCCGUACGAUUACUGACAAAGGUGACAAACAGUUUUCUUGUGAAACUUGUGGGAAAUGUUUCAGCAAAAGUUGUUAUCUGACUGUCCACAUGAGGACUCACACGAGUAAGAAGCCAUUUUCUUGUAAAACCUGCGGAAAAGGUUUCAUUCAGAAUAUUAGUCUGACUAAUCACAUGAGAACUCAUACGGGUGAGAAGCCAUAUACUUGUGAAACCUGCGGAAAAAGGUUUCAUCAAAGCCACCACCUGACUGCGCACAUGAGAACUCACACAGGUGAGACGUCGACAGAGGCGUCUUGUUGUGACAGAUGUGGGAAAAAAUUCAACAGACGUAGUAGGCUACAUGUCCACAGAAAAAAUCACACAGGUGAAAAGCCAUAUUCUUGUGAAAGAUGUGGAAAAAGUUUCUGUUUUCCUUAUCAUCUGACUGUCCACAUGAGAACUCACACAGGUGAGAGGCCAUAUUCUUGUGAAAGAUGUGGAAAAAGUUUCUGUUUUCCUCAUCAUCUGACUGUCCACAUGAGAACUCACACAGGUGAGAGACCGUAUUCUUGUAAAACCUGCGGAAAAAGUUUCAGUAUAAGCACUCAUCUGUCUGUGCACAUGAGAACUCACACAGGUGAAAAGCCAUAUUCUUGUGAAACAUGUGGAAAAAGUUUCAGUAAAAGAAAUAAUCUGACUGUUCACAUGAGAACUCACACAGGUGAGAGGCCAUAUUCUUGUGAAAGAUGUGGGAAAAGUUUCAUUGAACGUUCUAAGCUGACUACCCACAUGAGAGUUCACACAGGUGAGAGGCCAUAUUCUUGUGAAACAUGUGGUAAAAGUUUCAUUGAACGUUCUAAGCUGACUGUCCACAUGAGAACUCACACAGGUAAGAGGCCGUAUUCUUGUGAAACGUGGAAAAAAUUUCAAAGAACAUUAGCGGCUGACUGCAUAUGAGAGUUCACACAGGUGAGAAACCAUAUUCUUGUGAAACGUGGGAAACGUUUCUGUCAAGUCAGUCAUCUGAUUAGACACAAGAGCUCACACAGGUGAAACGCUGUAGUCCUGGAACAACAGUGGGAACAGAUCUCAGUAGAACACGCAUUCAUUCACAACGUUCAGGGUAAAAGUAGGUCUUGUAGAUUCUGUGAGUUUAUUGCAUUUCAGACUGUGAUACAUGGAUGUUUAAAAAUCUGCCAACCUGUCCAUUGGAUGCAUGGCAACUUUUCCAGAAGCAUAUUACAUUUACGAAAGACAGACAACUGGAGACGUCAUACUUCUGAGGAACAGCCUAAUAGUUUAUUACAUGUUGGCUAUCAGUUUCUGAUAGAGCUGGGUGGGAAGAGAUGACGUUGCUCUGAUUUAAUGUAGUGAAAAUGAGUUUACACAACAACAUAGUUUUUAAUUAUUUUCGUAAUUCUUAUGUUCAGUUCAUGUGUGUAUGUGAAUUGGUUGCAAUCCAGUUCAACUUAUGUCUAUACUUCUGUGAUGGGUCUUUGUUUUUUUUUUGUUGUUUUUUUAAAUGAAAUUAAAUGAAACCAGUUUCCAAUGCAGCUAAAUGUGGAAAUAACAGACCUGACUGGUUUCAUAUCAGAUAAAGCUUCAGCUUUCUUUAAGACAGUUGAAGUAAAAAGUUGAACUUGAGACUUCAGUUUGCUUUAGGACAGUUUGUUCAGAUUGGAUGACUUUGAUGUAUGUGUUGAAGUGUUGCUUUGUGAAUGAUGUACUGACAAGGUUUUUUUUGUGUAACUGUCAAACUGUAUGUUUUGUACUUCUUCAGGACCUCCACAGCAAGGGCGUAAGUUUGGUCUCAACAUUGGUAGGGACGAUAUAACAGCAUAACCUGCAUGUACACUUUUUGCUGGGGACGGGACAUUAAUAAGACCAAACAGAUUGGAUGAACGGGGGUCAGGGCUACAUUUAUGAAUAUGAACCUAAUUAAUUGAUAAGCUAAAUGAUCAAUGCAAAAUAAAUCUGUAUUGACUUAUACUAACUUUCAUAUGUAUUGGUUCAGGUGACAGUAAUUAAAUAAAUUUUAAUUAAUAAAUAAAUGCACUAAUAGGUAUUUGGUUUCAAAAGUGUAAAGUCACAACAUGCUCUAGCCUACUUUCCUUCUAAACCAGGCCGUUUACAAGAAGAAAAGCAGCAGCAUGUGUGUUUUUUUUGACUGUCAACACUUUCCUGUGGAACACAGACUGGGACCUCUCUCUCUCUAAGCAGCUUCUUGCUCAAGUUUUUUCUGGUUCUAUAUUUUCCAGCAGAGUUCACUACAUUUCUCACAGUUUAAUUAACGUUAACAGUAGAAAACACAUACAGGAGGACAAUUCUCUGUAAGCAGCUUCCUACUUGAGUUUUGCAGGUUAGCCAGUUCACACAGUUUAAUGUUAUGCUAACUCUGAUGCAGGUCGGACUUUCAGUAGCAACAUUAGUGGUGUGUUCCCCACGUCCACAACAUUGACGUCUUUUUACAUUACUUACAGUGUCGUCUGCUGCUGCUGCUGCUGGCCGAAAAAAACUUCUAAUAUCCCUCCUCUUCGAAGGGGGCGGAGAAGGCGGCAUGUUUAUUUCUUGUGUAUUUCUGUCGGGGCUGUGUGAGUGUGCGUGUGGGUGGCGGGGGGGGGCAAGUCAUCAGCCAAUCAAACGCACGUUUGAUUGGACCGGCACAUUCAGCAAGUGAAAAGGGGUAAAUGUAAGUCUGAACCUGGUCUGAACAUAAUGAAAAUAAUUCACUUAAUAAUGGUAGGGUCAAUUCUAUCCUUGCAACAUAUGGGAAGACAAUCAAAAUUACCAAUAUAACUGAACUCAUUAUAUAAUGCAAAUAAGGUUGCUUAAAAGUUGGUGGGGACAAUUUGACCCUCUUGAAAAGUUGGUCGUGUUAUGUCCCUACCGUCCCUAUGCAAACCUACGCCCUUGCUCCACAGAAACAGAUUUUUUAAGUCACUCGGUUCAUUUUUGUUGAUAGCUUCCAAUUAGUUGAUAAAAUGUUGAUAAUACAUGACUAUGUGUGACCAGUUUUAACCCCAACAUGAAAAUAUCUCCUUUGCUUGUGUUCUGAAUUUUGUUGGGCUGUGUGAUAAUAUUCAACAGUUUUAUGUGAUUACAAAAAACAACAGUUUAGAUUAAAUGAAUUAAAAUUCCUAUGUACACUUCUAUAUUAGCCGACAGACUCGAUACUCAGCAUGGAGGACACCAGUGUUGCACAAAUGUCUGCAGAGAUGUGCCAUUCUUCAGAGAAGUUCUUUACUGGAGGGCUUGUUUGUCAUGUGUUUUUUAAAGUACAUAAAAGCUGUUGUAUUGGAUUCAAAUCAGGGAUCAUCCUUGUCCAGGUUCCAUUUUUCACUAUGUUCUUUAAAAAAUAAAAUAAAAUAGCGUGUGAUUUCUAAAA